AGAGCGACUCGAAGUCGCCUGCACCAUCCGCCGACGGAGCCAGCCAGGAGGAACCGACCAGAAGAACCGGAGAAAAAUGGCGUUCACAUUCGCGGCCUUUUGUUACAUGCUCGCUCUGCUGCUCACGGCGGCGCUUAUCUUUUUCGCUAUCUGGCAUAUAAUAGCAUUUGACGAGCUGAAGACUGACUACAAGAAUCCUAUAGAUCAAUGUAACACUUUAAAUCCGCUGGUGCUGCCGGAGUAUCUCAUCCACGUCUUCUUCUGCGUGAUGUUUCUGUGCGCGGCCGAGUGGCUCACCCUCUUCCUCAACUUGCCGCUGCUGGCUUAUCAUGUCUGGAGGUACGUGAGCAGACCGGUGAUGAGCUGUCCUGGACUCUACGACCCAACCACCAUCAUGAAUGCUGACAUCCUGGCCUAUUGUCAAAAAGAAGGCUGGUGCAAACUGGCUUUCUACCUGUUGUCGUUCUUCUACUACCUCUAUGGCAUGAUCUACGUUCUGGUGAGCUCCUAAAGAAGUCUGAGGAAGAGGACCUGCCCGUACAGUAGAUGACCAGACACUAUGAUCCAAAGUGCUGGAACACUGGACCUGCUGGAGACCACCGAGGAGCCACAUGAGCCGUCAUUUCAAGUGGAUAAACCCCCCCCCCCCCCCCCCCCCCCCCCCCCUUCACACCCACACACUGCAGAGACCUGUUGGAAACUCUUACCCUCUUCAAGGACUGGAUCUUGGUCUCAGUGUUCCCAUCAAAGCACUACAGUUUAAAACAAAAUCCCAUCUGGAAAUACGGACAAGUUUCUCUUUUCCUUACUCAAUUUUUUUUUUUUUUUUUUUUUUAUGCUGUGUAUUUUUUUAAUGCUUGAGAUUUAAAUAAAAUUUGUUUUUUUUCCAUCAUCGCUCCCUGCUCUGUAGCGUUUCCAGGUUGGGAUUGUGAAUGACUGUGGAUUUUAACAGCUAAUGUACUCCGGACCAUGUGGUUUCUUAGCUGCAGACAUUUCUGUAUGGACUGAAGGGGACAAAAGACAAGCGGUAACAUUGUAAACAUAUUGCAGUCUUAUCAGUUUUCUUAACUGUUUCGAUAUUUAAGACCUAUCAUGUUCUACCUGUCCGAUAUUUAGUUGCAUCUGUAGAAAUCCAGAGGGCACGUUGUGUUUGAGCCGCUCCUCUGUAAAUGUUCCCUUGCAGCUCUCGCUUAAGUGAAAGAUAGAUUCAACAGUCGUCUGCAUAGAGGUAGAGCGCUUCAGCACCCGACGCUGAUGUGCCAUACUGUUGAAUGUAUCUUCAGACGUUUUGGUUGAUUUGAACACAAAUAGUCCACAUUUUUUUUUUUUAGCAUCUCUGGUCUAUUUAUUGUUUUCUGGAUUACUUGCUUUCCUCUGUGACAUCAAGCACUCCUGCAAUGUAACUCUUCUCCAUCAUCAAACUCAUGGUUUAGUUCAAUAAAAGUCCUUCAGCUCAA